CCGCCGGCCCCGCGCUCCGAGCCUCCAUGCGGCUCCCACCGCCGGCAUGCCCGGCACGCCCAGCCUGCUGCCUCCGCUGCUCGCCUUGCUGUGCCUCGGGGUCGCCGACCCCAACGCCGACCCCGACGAGCCGUGGUGCCCCUACAAGGUGGGCGGCGAUGGCGCGGCGGGGGCGCGGCUCUGCUUCCGCCCUCCGGCCCGCGGCUUCCAGUGCUCGGCCCGGGCGUGCCGCGCCCACCGCUCCGCGGGCGGUGCGCUGGUGGCCAACGUGCUGCGGAACGGCAGCGUGCUGCUGCAGUGGGGGCUGCGCCACUGGGGGACUCCGGCACCGCGCCCCUCCGCCUCCUCCCUGCGCGGCUUCGUGCUCAACUGCUCCUGGGACGGCACCUACACGCGUUUCCCCUGCGACAGCGUGGAGCUGGGAGCCGCAUGUCGCGACUACCUGCUGGCCGAGGCGCACGGCAGCGUGCGCUACCGCCUGUGCCUGCAGCCGCGCUUCGCCCCGCCGCGCCCCGCGCCGCCCGCGCAGUGCGUGGAGUUCCGCGUGGAGCCCGCGGCCAUGCGCGACAUCGUGGUGGCCAUGACCGCCGUGGGGGGAUCCAUCUGCGUGAUGCUCGUCUUCAUCUGCCUGCUGGUGGCUUACAUCACCGAGAACCUGAUGAGCCCCGCGCUGGCCCGCGGAGGACACGCUGCGCGCCGCGCGUAGUGCGGGAGGAGCGGGGGAUGCUGCGGAGGAUGAUGCGAUGGGGAGAUCCCGCAGAUGUUCCGGCGCUUUCCGGCGAGGAAAGAGGGUUUCCAGAUGGUUCUGGCGGAGUGGGGUUGGCUGUGCCCGAAUUUGCGGAGUUCGGGGCUCUUCUUCCUCCUGUGGCGGAGCCGUUCGUGGUGACUGAACUCAUCUCAAAAGCAAAGGCAGAGCUCCUCAAGUGCCAGAAACUGUCUGGUUUUAAGGGCAAGCAGCAGAUCUUCCCGAGGGCCUGUUUGAAAAGACUCUUCUUUUAAACCUAAAACCUCUUGGUCUUAGAUCCAUGCUUGAUUUUUUUUUUUUCCUGUGGGGUGAAGUUGUUUAAAGUUCAGGAGAACUGACUGGUGGAACCACAAACCCCAAAGCUGAGUGUGCGUGUUUGACCCAAAGCCCGCUUAAUUUUGUGGUUUAGGUGGGUUUUGUAUCAUGCUGGUCACAAAUUUUUGGGGCCUAGACUGGCCAGUGUCCAAAAACAACGGGGGUUUUCUGGUCUAGGGGUUUUCUGGACCAACAACAUCCAACACCUGCUUUUUCUCCCAUCAGAAUUGUGUCAUAGUGUCACAAAGAGUGAAGCUAAAGGGAUAAACUGAGUAAGAAAACUCGAUUUAGAACCAACCCUUAAUUAUAAUUAAGAUAUAAGUGAGCACCUCCUUGCCCCCUGAAAUCCCCUCCUUUAGCAAUGCAGCUGCACUAAGGUAGAAGCUUCUUGAGCACAGAACUCACUGAUGUUGUAGCCGAGUGUUUUUGAGCGUAGGAACACUCCCUGUGAACUCCUCACUUGAUGCUGUAGUAAAGUAAGGUUUUAGCCAUACUCUAGUACUGAUUCUAUUGUGCCUUAGUGCUGAGAAUUUGUCCCAUUUCUAUCAGUGGAUCUGUUCCUGUAGUCCUCGUGUAUCUCCCUCGUGUUCUUGUCUCUGGAAUUAGUGCUUGUUACUUUGUCUGGUUUCCUUUUUUUAAAAAAAAAAUCUACUCGGGCUGAUCAUUACUUGAAAUUUAAUAUAUACACAAAGUAGUUACCUUCAGAGAGGUAUUUAGUGAGGUAGUUUUUAGUAUGUGUUGUUUGUAUGUAGUUGACUGCUGUAACACAAAAAAAAUUAAUUUAUUAUCACUUAGGAACUGUGCACCUAAAGCAAAAAAAAAAAAAAGGGAAAGGCUCUGCUGUAGAGGGAUUGUUGGUGUUGAAACACGUCAGGUUCACGUGUGAUCUGUUUGUGUAAAUGUUUAGCACUGGUGAACGACCUGCUUGCUUGUUUGUGAGGUUUAAACUUGGUGGUAGAGGGUAAAUAUAGGAACUGUGUGGAAUCCUUAAUAAAAAAUUCAGUAUUUAUACUGAACACAAUCCCUUCAAGAAGUUGGGAGUGGCUGAGGAGCUGGAGGUCUGCAUUUCAUCAGGCACAAACACCUUUUCCUUUGUUGUUCCUGCUGUGUUUGCAUCCUCACAAGCACUCCAUGUAAAUGUUCUGUGUUUAUUACCUUGCUUUAACUCACUGGUGCCAUCAUCUUGGGGUUUUUAUCCCUGAAAGAAAAGGCAAUUUUGAAGAACAUGAAGACAAAUUUUGGUCUUUUCAAGGUUUCAAGUCAGCCUUUGCUGUGGGCAGUUCAGCACUGGAGUGCCACUGAUUUUGUGCAUCUCUGUCACCUUUUGUCAACCAAUGUCACUGUUCUGUUCCUCAUCUUGUCAGGAAUUGCCAGAUGUGAAAACCAGCUGUAUAAACAAUGAGCCUUGUAUCACCUUGGCAUUGAACUUAAUAAAUUUAGACAUGAAAAGAAA